UCAUUAUUUUCUUCUCUGCACACAAACAUAACUUGGAUCCGGAGAUUCUGGGUCUUUCAUAUUAAUUUUUUUCCCUUCUCCACAUAUUAAUAAUAUAAAUACAUAUAUUAUCAAAAAAUAAUAUAAAUACAUAUAAAUAUAAAAACAUAAAAUGAAAACAUAAUAUAGCCCACCAGACAUGAUUUGGUUCCUCUCUAGGAUUAAACCCCUCUUUUUGUGUUCCUCUCUGGUUGGACAGUUUGAACUAUAGUUGUAAUGCCUCUAAAUCCAUGGCGCACUAUUCUCUCUUCAUCUUCUUCUUCUUCUUCUUCUUCUUUUUCACUAUUACUUCUCAUUAUUAUCCUCUUCCCUUUCGUGGCUUUCUCAUUAAACAACCAGGGUCAAGCUUUACUUACAUGGAAACAGAGUCUUAAAGGGUCACCGCCGCCGGAGCCGUUAACCAAUUGGAAUCCCCUCGACGAAAAUCCAUGUGGGUGGUUUGGGGUAACCUGCAACUAUCGAAACGAUGUCGUCGAGUUGAACAUCAAGUACGUUGACUUGUUUGGUCAAAUCCCUUCUAAUUUCUCUUCCUUGUUGACAUUAAACAAGCUCGUUUUAUCUGGGACCAAUCUCACUGGCUCAAUACCAGACCAGAUUAGUUCUCUAUCUGAGUUAACGUUCUUGGAUUUGAGCGAGAAUGGUUUAGCGGGAGAAAUUCCAAAUGGGGUUUUUGAAUUGAAGAAACUCGAAACUCUUUAUUUGAAUUCAAACGAGUUCGAAGGAGUUAUUUCCGAUCGAAUUGGGAACCUGGCGAGUCUAAAAUGGUUGACUCUUUAUGAUAACCAACUCAGUGGUGGGAUUCCAAGUUCUAUAGGGAAGUUAACUCAGUUGGAAUCCAUUAGAGCUGGCGGUAAUAAAAAUCUCCAAGGUCCUCUCCCUCAUGAGAUUGGAAACUGUGCUAACUUAGUCAUGUUGGGCUUCGCCGAAACUAGUCUCUCGGGAUAUCUUCCUUCGAGUUUAGGAAAGCUAAAGAAACUUCAAACGUUAGCUAUAUACACUGCUCUUCUCUCCGGUCCAAUCCCACCCGAGCUUGGAGACUGUACUGAGCUUCAGAACUUGUAUUUAUACGAAAACUCUCUCUCUGGUUCGAUCCCACCUCAAUUGGGCAACUUGAAGAAGCUUCAGAAUCUUCUCCUGUGGCAGAACAACUUGGUUGGCGUGAUUCCACCUGAGCUUGGGAACUGCGGUCAACUCACCGUCAUUGAUGCUUCGAUGAAUUCGUUGACCGGGUCCAUUCCUUCAUCGUUUGGGAACUUGACUCUGCUCGAGGAGCUCCAGCUGAGUAUGAACCAGAUCUCCGGCGACUUACCGGUUCAACUAAUGAACUGUAAAAAGAUGACCCAUAUCGAGCUCGAUAACAACCAGAUCUCAGGGACUAUUCCUUCCGAGAUCGGAGAACUUUCCAAUCUGACAUUGCUGUUCUUGUGGCAGAAUAAGCUCGAGGGGAGCAUCCCCUCGUCCAUUUCUCGGUGCCGGAAUCUCGAGGCAGUUGAUUUGUCUCAGAAUUUGUUGACGGGACCAAUACCCAGUGGUGUAUUCGAGCUAGUUAAGCUCGAGAAGUUGCUCCUCCUCUCCAACAACCUCUACGGGGAAAUUCCGCCGGAAAUCGGAAACUGCUCAUCCCUGAUUCGUUUUAGAGCUAGUGAGAACAAAUUGACUGGUAAAAUACCUCCACAAGUUGGGAAUUUAAGGUUCUUGAAUUUCUUCGAUCUAGGGACUAAUCGAAUCUCCGGAUCAAUACCAGAGGAAAUCUCCGGUUGCCGAAAUCUUACGUUCCUCGACCUGCAUUCCAAUUCCAUAUCCGGAAGCCUCCCCAGAAGCUUUUAUCAGCUCGUGUCAUUACAAUACGUUGAUUUCUCUGAUAAUUUGAUCGAAGGAUCGUUGAGUCCCGCUCUCGGAUCACUGAAUUCGCUAACCAAGCUCAUUCUCGGGAGAAAUCGGCUAACUGGUUCGAUUCCGACUCAAGUCGAAUCAUGUUUGAAGUUACAGUUACUCGACCUGAGCUCCAAUCAACUCAACGGAGGAAUUCCGCCAAGUUUAGGAAACAUACCAGCUCUUGAAAUCGCUGUAAAUCUCAGCCGAAACCAGCUUACCGGCGAGGUACCGGAGGAAUUAACGACGCUUGAUAAGCUGGGGAUACUUGACCUUUCUUACAACCAACUUUCCGGCGAUCUCCACGUUUUGGCUGACAUGCAAAAUCUCGUGGUCCUCAACGUCUCCCACAACAGUUUCUCGGGCCGCGUACCUGACACGCCCUUCUUUUCGAAGCUUCCUCUGAGCGUUCUAUCCGGCAACCCUUCUCUUUGUGUUUCGGGGAACCAAUGCAUCGAUGACAGAGGGCGCGUUGCCGGAGUUAGGCAUACAAUGGCGGCGCGUGUGGCGAUGGUGGUGCUUCUAUGCGCGGCGGGGUUGCUCCUCCUCACAGCUCUCUACAUAGUCAUCGGAGCCAACAAGCGGGGACUUAGAGACCGAGCGUCACACUCGGAUAGUGACAUUGAGGCCGAUGGUGACGUGGACGUGGGCCCACCUUGGGAAGUGACUCUGUUCCAAAAGCUCGAUUUAUCGAUCGCUGACGUGGCAAAAUCAUUGACACCUGGCAACGUAAUCGGGCGAGGCCGAACCGGCGUCGUUUACAGGGUCGACAUUGCCUCGGGAAUGCCGGUCGCCGUCAAGAAAUUCCGAGCGUCAGAGAAGUGUUCUGCGGCGGCUUUUGCGUCGGAGAUUGCCACGCUGGCAAAGAUCCGUCACCGGAAUAUUAUUAGAUUACUUGGGUGGGGAGCGAAUCGGAAAACGAAGCUACUGUUCUACAAUUACAUGGCCAAUGGAAGUUUGGGUACGCUUCUUCAUGAGGGGUGCGGAGGUUUAGUAGAGUGGGACACCCGGCUCAUGAUAGCAAUAGGUGUAGCCGAAGGAAUGGCCUACUUGCAUCACGACUGUGUUCCUGCUAUCGUUCACCGGGACGUCAAGGCGCACAAUAUCUUGCUUGGGGAAAGCUACGAAGCUUGUUUAGCUGAUUUUGGUCUUGCCAGGUUCGUCGAAGAUGAUCAAAACGGUUCGUUUUCGGCCAACCCUCAGUUUGCCGGUUCCUACGGCUAUAUUGCGCCAGAGUAUGCUUCGAUGACAAAAAUCACAGAAAAAAGCGACGUGUAUAGUUUUGGAGUAGUUCUUAUGGAAAUAAUAACAGGAAAAAGACCUGUUGAUCCUUCAUUCCCAGAAGGCCAACAUGUUAUACAAUGGGUUCGAGACCAUUUAAAGUGCAAAAAAGACCCAAUUGAGAUUCUUGAUCCAAAGCUUCAAGGUCAUCCAGAAUCUCAAAUACAAGAAAUGCUUCAAGCACUUGGAAUAUCCCUCCUCUGCACGAGUAUUAGGGCCGACGAUCGGCCCAGUAUGAAAGACGUCGCCGUUUUGUUGAGGGAAAUCCACAAUGAGCCCAUCACAGGAAAAGAGGCCCAAAAGCCCAAUACCAAAAAAAUAGAUAAUUUUACUACCACCACAACAACAAGUACUACUAACUCUUCUUCUUCUAUGAAUGUUGUGAACCCAGCUGAUUUGUUGCUCCUCCAAGGCUCUUCUCGUUGCUCGCUUGCUUAUUCAUCGUCUUCAUCUCAAGAAACAAUCAAUAAUAAUAACGUUUGAAAGUAUAUAUAUUUAUAUUUAUAUAUGUACACUUGUUAGGGGUAAAAUCACUUUGUUUUUAAUUAUGAUCAUUAUUUGUUAUUAGAUAUAGCUAUAGGAGUAGAGAACAUAGCUAUAUAUGUUUUGAGGCAGUGUAAAGGUAGGGGUAUGUGGUAUUAAUUAUUUAGUUUUUUGAGUUUUCAAGAAAGAGGAUAAAAUAAGAAAAUUGACAAGAAGAAUAUGUAUGAGAGGAGAUAUUCAUUAUUAUUUACUUUACUAGUGUGAGUGUACAGCUAGAAGGCUAUAUUUAUGCUUCUUAUUUAUUCAUUUGAA